AUGAACAGAGCUGCGGUGAUACAAGAAGGGGACGUAGCCAUAGACGGCAGCAUAGCCCGGCCAUGGAGCUUGUGCACUGUUGAAGAAGUAGAGGAUCUAAAAACACUAAUCUGCAUUGUUCCUCUCUGGACCUCCACCAUCUUCAUCAGUGUCUGCAUCGCCACCCAAGUCAGCCUCUCCAUCCUCCAAGCUUUAAACAUGGAUCGUUCCCUUGGCGCCCAUUUCUCUGUCCCCGUCGGCUCCUUUUCCGUCACCGCCUCCAUCGCCACUUGCCUCACUCUCUUCAUCCUCGACCGUGCCAUCUAUCCUCUCUGUCACCGUCUCACUUCCUAUACUCCCACGUCUCUCCAAUGCGUCGGCAUUGGCCAAGUUUUCAACAUCGCCGCCAUGGCUGCCUCCGCUCUCGUUGAGCAACGGCGUUCAAUCAUUGUUCAUGAACACCAAGCUGAAAGCCAACCUAACUGGAUUGCGCCAAUGUCGGCGUUUUGGCUUGUGUUGCCUUAUGUGUUCACCGGUGUCGGAGAAGCCUUUCACUAUCCGGGACAGAUAGCAUUUUACUACCAGGAGUUUCCUGAAUCUUUGAAAAGCACAGCAACCGGGAUAAUUGCCGUCAUUUUGUCUAUAGGGUAUUAUGCCAGCACAGGGCUGGUGGCGGUGGUCCGGCAAACCACCAGUUGGCUGCCGGAUAACUUGAACUCAUCUAGAUUAGAGAAUGUCUAUUGGUUGUUGACAGUGAUGACUAGUAUCAACUUCGCUUACUAUAUUUUGUGUGCUAAGCUUCAUAAGUACAAGAGAGACAAGAACGUAGUUGUUGCUGCAAACUCCGAAUAG